GCUCGAGCUACGUGCUACACUGCCACCUGGUCGCACCACGAGCCAUGGACUCGCCUGCUCAACCCACCUCGCCCCCGCGACCUCUCGUCGUCACCAACGACGGGCCCACCCCGAAUUCACCCAACUCGCUCCCCUCGUCGCCCGCUCCACCACCUCAAGCACCCGCGCCAGUCGAGCCACAAGACGAGCCGCAACAGCCACACCAAGCUCCCUCGCCCGCCGACAACGACCACGACGACAAGCCCCUCGCUCCGCCCGUGCCCCUCGUCGAGCCCGCACUCGACACCGCACCCGUCGAGCCCGUCCAACCCCCGUCUGCGCCAGCGCCGACCCGCAAGCUCGCCCCGGGCGCCAAGCCCACCACCACCACGACCCGCAAGCCGCUCGCGUCGUCCCUCAACCCGCGCACCCGCCCGAGCUCGACCACGACCGCCCCCGGCGCGACCGCGGCGGGCCGGCCCUCGGUCACGGGCGCCGCCUCGGCUGCGCGUCGUGCGCCCCUCGCAGGCGGUGCGACGACCGCUUCGUCGACGGCCGCGGCGGGAGCGCGUCGCCCGCUCUCGUCCGCCACGGCGUCAUCGACCGCCGGCGCUGCUACCGGCGUGCGCCGCCCCUCGUCAUCGAGCGCGACCACGGGCGCCCCAGCUCCCGCCUCGGCCCGCCUGCGCUCGUCGCUCGCCUCGUCGUCCUCGGCGUCGGUCGGCCGUCCCGCAGGCGGCAUCGUCAGCACGGCAAAGGCGCCUGCCGCCUCUGGCACCGCGCCUGUCCGCCGCCCGCUCGGCGCCGCGUCGUCGUCGUCGACCGCCGCAGCGGGCCGUGCGCCGGUCGCUCGCCCGGGCAGCGCAGCGAGCGCGCGCUCGGCGUCGUCGCUCGCCGGUGCUUCUUCGACGCGCACGGGUAUCAACGGCACCUCGUCGUCUGCGACUAGGCCGCGCGUCGUCCGCCGCGCCGCACCGGGAACCUCGACCUCGACCUCGUCCUCGUCGGGCCUGACGCGCCCGGUCCCGGCGCCCGGUACGGCGGCCGCCGCGGCGCGCGAGGCCAAGGAGCGCGUCGCUGUGCUUGAGGGCGAGCUCGGCGACAAGAGCCGCAGGGUCGACGAGCUCGAGGGCCGGGUGAGGGAGCUCGAGGAGGCGCGGGCGGGCGAGGCGGCGGGCACGGUCAAGGGCGAGGGUGAGGGCGAGGGCGAGGGUCAGGAGGACGGGACCGCUGUCAAGGAGAACGAGGAGCGCGUCAAGGAGCUCGAGAACGAGAUCGACGCGCUCAAGACCCAGCUUGCGCAGCUCUCGGCGCUCGAGGAGGGCAAGGCGGCGCUCGAGGCCGACAAGGUCAAGCUCGAGGAGGACAAGGCUGCCCUCACCGCCGAGCUCGCCGCCCUCGACACGCAGCACGCCGCCGCCCUCGACGACCUGCGUGCGUCCCUCUCGCGCGAGAACGCCGAGCAGCUCGACCACCUGCGCGCCGAGCAUGGCGAGGAGCUCGGGAAGGCGAGGGCCGAGCUGGACAAGGUGAGGGGGGCGCUCGAGAAGGCGAGGGGCGAGGUGGAGGAGCUCGCCAAGGCGCUCGAGGACGAACGGACCUCGCACGCCGACCAGCUCGCCACCUCUCUCGACUCGGCGCACGCCUCGCACGCCUCGGCGCUCUCAACCGCCAGGGAGGAGCACGAGAAGGCGCUCGUCGACCGCGACGAGCAGCACUCGUCGUCGCUGGCGGCCGCCAAGGACGAGCACGCCUCCUCCCUCGCCGCCGCCCGCGACGAUCACACCGCCUCGCUCGCCGCCGCCCGCGACGAGCACGCCUCGGCCCUGUCGACGGCCCAAGCCGACCUGUCGGCCGCCGAGGACCACGCCGCGCAGCUCGACGCCGACCUCUUUGCGGCGCAGGAGCGCGCCGCCCAGCUCGAGGCCGACCUCGCCGACGCGCGCGAGGGCGACUCGGCCGCGCACGACGCGCAGCGCGCCGACGUCGAGCGCCUCGAGGCCGAGCUCGAGCAGCUCAGGGCCCAGCUCGACGAGGCGCAGCACGGCGCGCAGGACGCCGAGCGGGUCCGGGCCGAGCAUGCGGCGGCGGUCGACGCGCUCGAGCGCGAGCACGCCGCCAAGCUCGAGAGCGUGCAGGCCGAGCACAGCGCGCAUCUCGAGGCGGCGCGGUCCGACGUCGACGACGAGCUGCGCCGGGCGCGUGACGAGCUUGAGCGGGUCAAGGUCGAGCUCGGCGAGGUCAAGGAGGGCGCCGCGAGUCGGGAGGAGCUCGAGGCUGUCAGGAGGGAGAGGGACGAGGCAAUCGAGCGGGCAGAGGAGGCGCGCAAGGCGGGCGAGCAGGAACUCGAGCGCGUCAAGGCCGAGCUGGCGGCCUCGAAGGAGCAGCACGAGACGGCCGUCACCAACGCCCGCGACGAGGCGCACGCCUCGGCCUCGUCGGCGCACCAAGACGCGCUCGCCGACCUCCGCUCCUCGUCCGAGUCGGCCGUCGCCGAGCUCCGCACCGCCCACGCCGCCGAGCUCGACGCCCUGCGCCUCGCCGCCGAAAGCGCGUCGGCGUCGGCGACCCAGGCGCGCGAGGCCGACGUGCAGAGCGCCAAGCUCUUGCUCGCCGCGACCGAGGCCGACCUCGCGCAAGCCAAGCGCGAGGCCGAGGCGCUCGAGCAGGGCAUCAAGGCGCGCGACGAGGCGCUCGACGAGGCGCGCAAGGCUGUCGCCGCCGCCGAGGAGCGCGCCGCCGCCGCCGCCGACGCCGCCGCGACUGCUGCCGCGUCCGAGCCGCAGUUGAACGGCGUCGACAUGGACCAGAUGCACGCGCGCGUGGCCGAGCUUGAGCAGGAGCGCGACGACGCGACGCAGGCGCUGCGCGACACGCAGGAGGGGCUCGCGGCGCAGCUCGACUCGAUGGACCAGCUCCACCAAGCGGAGCUCGAGUCGGUCCUCGAGGACCAUGUACACUCGCUGCAGCAGCGCACGCGCGAGCACGAGGCGGCGCUCGGCGCGCUCCAGGCCAAGAUCGAGGAGGAGCGGCAGCGCGCCGUCGAGGAGCUCGCCGACGCGCGGCAGGAGGCGAGGCGCGCGAGCCACGGCCCGCCUGCAGGCGCCGUCACGGACGUCGACGUCAAGGCGCUUCACGCGGCGCACGAAAGUAAGCUCGCCGAGGUGACGAGCAGGCACCAGGGCGAGAUUGCCGAGUGGCGCGAGGCCCUCGACAAGGCGACGCACGAGCUCCAGCUGUACCGCGACGCCGAGUAGCCGCGCACGAUCCUCUUCGACCCUCGCCCUUCUCCUCUCCUUCCCUACCCGCAAAAACUCUAUCCUGCAUCCUCGACGCGAUAAGCGCGUCGCACUAGAUACCCCUCUUGUUCGUCACUCCUCUCUGUCUCCCUUUUCGCCCCUUUCCACCUCUUUCUCCCUGUGGCCCUCGACUUUGCCCUCGCCGCUGUAGCAGCGAGCGCAGCGUGCCAGAUACCGGUCUUUCCUUCUC